ACAGAAAACAGCAAAAGGUCAAGGACGAAAAAUGAAAAUACACACCAGGAGAAAAAAGAAAAAAAAAACGUAAUUUAAAUCUUAAUUUCUCAGCGACAAAUAACAGCUAUAUAUGUAGCUAACGCUCAUUAGUCUUUUUCUUCGUACUUCGCACUCUUAAAAACCUGUCACUCUCGUCUCUUUCAAUUUUUUCAAAGCAUGAGAUGGUGAUCAUCUGAAAAACGAAUUCGAUUGAGGAAGAAAUCGAAAGAGGAAGAUAAAUUAUGUUUAGGUUUCGUAAGAGCCAUUCUGAUAAACAUGGAGAACGAUUCGAUUUCAAGUUUUCGAACUUUCACGCUCUUCAGGUUCCAAAAGGAUGGGACAAGCUUUAUGUGUCCAUCAUCUCUGUAGAAACAGGAGGAACUAACAGGUCUGGGAAAGCAUCUGUAAGGAAUGGUAGUUGUAGAUGGACAGACACCUUUUUGGAGUCUGUAUAUUUUUCCGAGAAUGAUGAUUCAAAAGGGAGUGAAGAAUGCAUUUUCAAGCUUAUUGUCGCCAUGGAAUCUUCAAGAUCAGGCAUCCUUGGAGAGACCGCGAUUAAUUUGGCUGGUUACAAAAGCUUGAAAAUUUCUGCUUCUCUGUCCUUACCCUUGAAGAAAUGCAACCAUGGGACCAUCUUACAAGUCAAUAUUCAGUGUCUAAUGCCAAUAACAGUGGUCAGGAUUGAGCAGUGGAAAGACACAGCUUCAUAUACAGAGGAAGUGAAUGUUGACUAUGAUGAUAUGGAUUACAAAUCAGAUGUUUCUGACAGUACAAUCACUAGGAGCAUUGGAUCUACUUCUAGUAACCACAUAGACAGCUUAUCUCUGCCAGGAGAUCUAUUUAGCAAGGACUAUAGUUUCUCUCAACAUCGGGUUCACGUCAUAGCUGACUCUGUGGAGGGUUCCUUUGACAGGGAAAGUUAUUCCCCUCGAAGUGACUUAACUGGUUCUAUGAACGGUGCGAUUGCAAGAAAAAAUUUCACUGGUUCCUUCAGUGCUUCUUCUUAUGGAUCUUGUUUUAAUAGUUCUCCUCGAAUGAAUCAUUUGCCCUUCAAUUCAAAGGUUUCAGUUUCAGGUGGCCGCUCUCAGAAUCCAAGAGAUUAUCAUAAUCAGGCUCCAACCACUGUUGCACCAUCACCAUUCCAAAAUACUGGUUCAACUAAUGACCUAGAAGCUGCUACCAUUAAAACUGGAGAGCUUCGAGCAGAAGCUAGAAUGUGGGAACAAAAUGCUCGAAAAUUAAUGAGCAAUGUGGAAGAAUUGCAGAAGCAACUGUCAGACCAAGUAAAGCACCAGGAAACUCUCAAUAUCGCUUUUUCGGCAUCACGUGAAGAAUGUGAGGGUUUGAGGCAUGAAGUCAAACAACUCAAAAUUAUGUUAGAAGAAUCAAAGUCGAAAAAUAAUGGCCCUGAGAUCCUUAAGUUUCCGGCACAGGAUCUAGGUAAUAUCCAGGAAUUAAAAUGUGAGCUAAAGUUUCAGCAGGAUUCAAAUGCUAGCUUGGCUAUGCAGCUGCAGAAAACCCAAGAGUCAAAUAUUGAGCUCUUUUCAAUUCUUCAGGAACUGGAGUUGACCAUAGAGGAGCAGAAAGUACAAAUUGCCAAUCUCUCAAAAACACAACUGGAAUAUGAAGGUGCAGAAAACUAUAGUUAUGGAUAUGAAGCCAAAGAGGAAGCAAACCAGAGCAAGCGAGUUAUGGCCAAAAGCAUGAAGAGGGUCUCUUGGGCUUCAGAUGUUAAAGAUCAUACCAAUGAAUAUCAAUUAAGAAAUCUGAAUGAAGAUUCUGCACCUGAUGAUAACCGGAACAUAGAAUUCCAGCAGCAGCAGUUGUGGGAAUCCCUAGAGAAUUUGAAGUGUAAAAUUCAACUUCUAGAGAAGUCUCUGGUGGAAAAAGAUCAGGAGAUAGAGAUUGAAAGAGAUCGCAAAAUGCAAGCUCUAAAAGACUGCGAGGCUAAAUGGAGGGGUCGAGUAGUUGUCGAAGAGGAAAAAAUCAUCAUUUUGGAAGCAAAGCUAUCUGAAGCCUUAAACCUGCAAGUCAGUUUUGAGAAUGGAGACAAUUGCAAUUUAGUUAAAGAUAUUGAUGAUUUAAAACAGAAGGUCCAGGAGCUUGAGACAGAUUGCAAUGAGCUUACUGAUGAAAAUCUUGAACUUGCAUUGAAGCUUAAAGAAUCGAAAAGGGAUCUUAAGACAUGCAGUUCUUGUAGUAAUUCUUUAUCAAAUAAAAGACCUGAAGAAGAAAGAAGCCUACAUUGA